UUGUUUUCGAAUUAUUAUUGAUCAAAUAUGAAAUUUGACAGUAAAAGUUGAUAAUUGGCAUAGGGCCUGGAUCAAGUCUCUGUGACGUAACUUAAGGAACAAGUCAAGCGCUUGUUAUCAACGAUUAGAUGGCGGAGUUGAAUUCUGAUUCGGAGUAUGAUUAUAUUCCCGGUUAUGUCAUCGAAGAUUAAACAAGGAACAUUAAUGACCAGGAAUAUAAUAUAAUAGAUGAAAAUCACGGCGAGUCCGAGUCCUAUCUAUACGCUGAUGAACCAAUGGCCGAACAAGCAUGGUAUGAAGACUACGUGGAAAAGUCAAAUGAACAUAAAAAGCAAUUUGAAAUGCUACAAAAAAGACUUGAUCACACAGUUGAGUUGAGUUCUUGGUGCAAGUGUGGUUUUUGUCAAGUUACACUUCUUCAGAAUCCUCUAGAGGCCUGGUGCUGCCAAGAACUUAAGUCUGUAGCUGAAAGCUUAACACACCAGUCGGUUCUGGCAGAUCUGUCAACUAUUCCAUGUUGUGUCACUCUACACCCAGGUUUCAGACCAGUUUGUUUGGAAAAGUGGUCGCUAAAAAUGGCUGCUAGGAAAUACAAAACCAGAGAACAAAGACGAUACAGAGAAACAGGAUCUGAAAACAUGUAUGAUAGCAUAUUAUGUUAUUUCCCAGUAUUUAAGUAUAUUUUAGUGUUAUGACACAUUAGUAAUGAUUUGGCUUUAUAUUCA